UGCUUUUAUUGUGGACGGCUUCGCUGUCUUUUGCGUCAUCUCCAAGAGCUAACGAAGUAAAGCGUUUGACAGAUUUCGUCACAGACAAAAGAGCAAAAUUACCUACAGCCGAAUUUAUUACAGGUGGAGAAGUUUUCAAAGGGAUUUCGACGGCGGCUGAGACCUGAAAUUACUUUCCAUAUCCUGAACAAAUAUUUGCUUGAAAACAAAUCACCAUACAUAAUCAGCUUGACAGUCCGUUCUUGGCGUGGAAGGUCCUCCAGUGCCCGGACAAGGUCAGGAGAAGUUUCUCGUGUCCUCCUGUUCCAAUAUUUCCCUUUGCAUUAACAACUACCUGAUCGUAAAAAAAGUGUGUCUCCGAUUUGUAGUUCGCCAUCGGGCGACCAUAUGGUAUUAACCGUGGCUAUCUUGUGGAGCUUCGCUGUUCCGAACCGAUUCUUUCACCAGAUCCUCUUCGGCGUUUUUCUACCCAAGCUUGUAUUGCUCGUUGGAAUCCUGUUUACGCGCACUCUCUUUAUCAUCAUGGACCUAUAUGAAAGACUGCCUGGUAGAAAUUGGAUUCAGGCGAUUCUCAGCCACAUUUUGCACUUCAUCGAAAGUAACGACGAUACACCCGAACCUCAUUUUCGAGCGCCGAUGAGCACUGUUCCAUCUGAAAAAGGCGAUACAAAAUGGACUCAUUGUGAUAACAAUGGCAAUUCUGCUGACCACCAUCGAACGCGGCCUGUACGACGGCGGACCGUUUACACAAGAUCCUCGUUAUUGCGAUCAACACGCCAGAGGAAUCGACCUACAAGUUCAAUAAACUCAUAAAUAAAU